UAAACACGUGUGAUUAGUGAAAUCCGGCGAAAAAGUUCUAUUUUAAUCAAUUUGUGUAGGAAUUUGUAAGCUAAAAAUGACUCCCAACUUUGAAGUCAUUGUUGGGACAUACGAGCAGUUUUUACUUGGUUAUAAAAUUGAUAAUGUAGUAAAUGAAUACAGAAUGGAACAGACUUUUGCAACACACAGUCAUUUAGCAAGCAUACGGAGUGUUGCUUGUAACAAACAUUAUUUGGCUUCGGGAGGUGCAGAUGAGACAAUUUGUCUUUAUGAUAUGAGAUAUCGAAGCGAGAAUGGGAAAUUAAUGCACCAUAAUGAUUCGGUGAACUGCGUUACCUUCACACCCGAUGCUUCUCAUUUACUUACCGGCAGCAGCGAUGGAUCGAUAGGAGUCGUGCGAUGUGGAAAUUGGCAAGUGGAGAAACUUUGGCAAAAACCACACAAAGGUUUACCCAUCGAAGCUUUAGCUGUUCAUCCAUCUGGAAAAAUGGCUCUAUCAACCGGAGGCGAUGGUGUGCUCAGAACGUGGAACUUGGUCAAGGGCAAAUUAGCCUAUGCCACGAACUUGGUACCGCGGUGGAAAGCUUUUGCCAAAAAUAUCAAUAUCUUAAAAUGGAGUCCGAAUGGCGAGAAGUACUUGAUCGCUACCAACAACAAAGUGGAUGUUUACUCUGUGGAAACAGGUGGAGUCGAUGAGGAAAUUCAACUUGACUCGAAGAUUAUCUGCGUGGAAUUCCUCAAUGAUGGUCUAAUCGCUAUGGGUUUCGAGGAUGGCAAAAUCGGGUUCUACGAUCUCGAGGAGAAUUCCCAUACUCUAAAUGUUUCAGCACAUGGUGCCAGAUUGAAGUGCAUGCAACACUAUGACGAUCUCUUAGUGACUGCUUCCAGUUCUGGGGAAAUCAAACUCUGGCGCUUUACGACUGACUCGAUGACUCUCCUGAAUCGAGUCACUUGCAACUCGAGAAUUGUGUGUCUCACCCUUGCACAUCCGUGCAAAGAUCUUAAGUAUAAAAAGGAAGCAGUCGAGGUUGAAGAGGUUGUUCCAGUGAAAAGUAUAAAUAGACUGAGAAUGAGACAAGAAGUGAUCAUCGAAGACGAAGAAGAGGAAGCGUCAAAGGUGAAGCGUUUGAAGAAGUCGAGUGUAAGAGUAAAGGACACGAAUGCGGAAGAAGAUAAUGUAGUGAGCAAGAAGAAAAGGAAGAGAGUGAAUAAUUUUACCGUAGAGAAUGUUGAGAACGAAGGUGAGAAUCAUGGGAAGAAAAGAUUGUCCGAUGAUGAAGUUGAGAUCGAAAGUCCUGUGAAGAAGAAGAAGAAGAAAAAGAAAGGUGUGGUGAACAGGGAUGACUCUUCUCCAAAAAAGAGGAAAGAAUCGACCUGGACGGAAGAAAAGCAGGCGCCUGUUCACAAGAAAAUGAAGAAAGGCAAAUCUUCGAAUAAUCAAAUGAGCGAAACUGAAAUCCCUACGAUAACGACAGAAAAGAAGAGGAAAACACCACCGGAGAAUGUCAACUCUGCGCCAAAGAAGAAGAAAGCUAUGAACGUGACGAUAGAAAAUGGUAGCAACUUUUCGAAAAAGAAGAAAAAGAAAAAAAUUCCUGUUAAAUAAUGUUACAUACGUGACGGUUAAAGACUUUUAUAUUUUCAUUUAGAAGUAUAAAUAUUUACAGAGAGUAAACAUUACGUAAAUGUUAAUAAACCUUCAGUCUAAGUGCGUAUAAUAAAUUAUUUACAUUUUCUAAAAAUCAGUCUAUUUACAAAUUGACUUUCGCACGCCUUCGGUCACUUCGCGAAAGUGUUUUUACGUAUUUCGCUUGCGACUCUUCACAUGUUGAUCGUGUCUUCUUUCGAGGUUGAGCAUUUAUUUAUUCCGUUUUCGAUGAUCUUGGUCCUUUGCAUUCCGUAUUUGCGAGAAGUGAAGAAUAUUAGUAAGAUUUCUUAUUUCUCGGACGGGAAUGUGAAGUCAUCCCUCAAUUUCGAGGUUUUCUAAGUUAGUUUCAGUCAUUUUUUCACUACCAUAAAAUACAUUUGUGGGAAGGAUUCAUUGCACUCUCAGCAGGGCAUUUCCACGCUUUAGCGAAAUCUGCGUUGUUGGAUAAUGUCCCAAUUACUCGAAAAUGGUUUGGAGCGUGGACUCCUUCCACAAGCUUUGAUUUUAGUGCGCCAUGCGUGUAAUUUCCACACCAUGUCUGAAACAAAAAUUGUAUUUUAAUAUGGUGGAAAUUUUAAAAUCACGGAUGGAAAGUUCUUGUUGUAAGAUUGAUUGUUCAAAUAAAGUAAUAAUAAGAUGUUAAAUAA